GUAUACAUAGUUUGCAAGUUAAACAGAAAUGGCAGUUAAUUUGCAGAGCCGGAGACUGGCGACCUUCGCUAAGCGAUUUCUCCGUCAGACCACUCCUUCUAAUUCCCUUCUCAUUCCAUCAUACCCUCUCACCAGGUAUCUAUAUCCUAUUACGUGUUGUGAAAAAGUGCUAUGGUUUAUGCGUAUCAGUGGCUAUGAAUUUCCUAGGACUUCACAAAUGGUUUCGGUAACUUGGGGGGUGGGGUGGGGGUGUUGCAUAAACAGGUUUAAUUUUAUCGUUUUCAUGUUAAAUUUUCUUUAAAGAAAAGUGAAGUUUUAUCGAUUAGAGUUCAAUUUUCACAGAAUUUUGGUGGAAUUAAUAUGAUUUUUUUUUUCUAUUUUGUUUUUCCGGCUGGAAGAUUCGGAUAUUUCCUGUAGUUUUUUUAAAUAUAUUAAAAUAUUCCUUUCUUAAUUGGUAGGUUAAUAUUAAUUUAGAUAAUAUUUUUAUACUAUUGAUUAUUCCUUUUUCAUUUUAUUGUGUAGGAAAAAUUAUUUUAAUCAAUUAAUUUUAAAAUUAAGAAAUUUAUAUCUGGCUUUUCUUGGUAUGGGUUUGAAUGUGUCGGUUUGCUAUUGUUUAAGUCUGCAAAAAUCUGGAUUAAAUCCAUUUCCUGGUACAAAAUACAAUUAGGCCGGUGCUUUGUUUGUAAUGUACUGCUAAUUGAAUAAGCACCUAUUGUACUACAGAAAUCUUACACUAGUUGGGAUCUAGCAACUGAGUACUUGUAUAUAAAUUGUAAAUUAGCUGCGACUUAUGGCACAUAUCAACUGAAAUGAAAAGCUUUGGCACUUUUACAUCCCAUUGACACUACAUUUGCGUUUAUAUAUUUCUACUUGGCUUCUCAGGUUUACGACCAUCUCCUUUAGCGAUGUAGCUGUUAAAAUUAUGCUAAUAAAUAGUGUUCAAAUUGUACAUUCGGAGUCAUUCUCUAGUUAUGAAUUUGAUAGAUGCUAAGUGUUGAUCAAAUCUGUUAUCUAAUUUAGCUUCCUCGUAAGCAAUGAAGAUAAAAGGGAAUAAUAGAAUGUUCUGUAUUACAAACGCGUUUGCAAAACAGAGUAGUAACAUGGAUUUAACAUACAAGCCUCUCUGCUCUAAAUACUUGUAUGGAAGCACAACUAUAUAAAGAAAUUAGUUAGCUGUUCAAUUAUAAGAGGAGGAGCAAAUGGUGGAGAGCAAGAUAUGCGGAAGAGACUCAAGCUACCAAAAGGCUAAGGCAAGUUAUUAGCUUUAGUACUUCAAUGCUUGAAACUUAUAUUAAGCCAAUAUAAUUGUUGUUAUUUUAUACGCGUUCGCUUCUCUUACCUAACAUCAUGGGUGGAAACCGUGGAGGAUUUUUGUGUUGUUUUCCUUAUAAUGAGAUGAAUCUGUUUGGCCAAGACUGAUCACUGCUUAUUAAAUGGGCCGGAUUCCUUGACAUGUGAUGAAUGCCAAUAACUCGUAAUUGUCCUUGCCAUUAGGGCACGCUGUUUAGGUUUUAUGCACCUGACUCUGAAGAAAUGGGGUAGAAAACUGAAAGUUGAGUGAAGUGAGGCCCAAUUAUUUCCUUGAUAUCUGAUGACUGCCAGGGGUGUGCAUGUUUCUGUGUACAGCAAGAAUGUUGAGGAGAAUGUAGUUGAGGAGAAUGCCCAAGCAGCUGCAGUCCCGGAUGAUGUAAUCUCUCCUCUAUCUGACGAAUACUGGGAACCUCACCCUGAGACCGGGGUGUUCGGCCCUGCAACUGAUAAUGAUAAAUCAGCUAUGGGUGGGGAACCUCUAAGUGCUAAUGGUGAUUCAGUGUUGGAGAAGAAGGCCUUUUUCCGUCCUCUCGAGGAUUUGGACGUACCACCCCCUGAGUUGCGGGGGGGAAUUGAAGACAGUUCUACAAUAGAUAAGGCUUAAUAUAAUGUAGUGAAUGUCCACAGGUGCUGUGCAGUAGAAUAGUACUAUCUGCUAUAAUGUUGAUAGUAGUUGCUUAUAAUGUAAUGCUUUUGUUAUCUAACUGGUGGUUUACUUUGUCGCGGACAUGGUUUUGGCAUCUUUCUUUGCUAUGGAAAUACAUGUUUUGAUAAUUUCGUCU